CAGCUUGUUAACUUCCACCUGCGGCCAGGUUGGAAGAUUAGUUUCAUUUUCAUCUCUCUUACGCUUCUUUCUCCUCCUCAGGAGCAUGUCUGGCCACACAACCAACCUCAGGCUCAAGCUCCCAGCAAUAUGCUUCCUCCUCCAGCUCUUCACCAUCAUCCUCUUCGCUCUUUUCGUCCGCUACGAUCAAGAGACCAGCGCCAGACUCUGGCACGAGGAGCUGAGCCACCACAACAAAAGCAACCGGGACAACGAUUUUUACUUUCGCUACCCGAGUUUCCAGGAUGUCCACACCAUGAUCUUCAUCGGCUUUGGCUUCUUGAUGACCUUCCUGAAACGUUAUGGAUUUGGCAGCGUAGCCUUUAACUUCCUGAUCGCGGCGUUCGCUAUCCAGUGGUCUACACUGAUCCAAGGCUUUUUCCACUCUUUUCACAAUGGCAAGAUUCACAUCGGAAUAGAGAGCAUGAUCAAUGCCGAUUUCUGCUCCGGAGCUGUCCUGAUCUCCUUCGGAGCAGUUCUGGGCAAGACAAGCCCCAUCCAGCUGCUGUUGAUGGCCUUGUUUGAAGUCACACUCUUUGGUAUUAAUGAAUUCGUCCUGCUCAGCGUCAUUGGGGCAAAGGAUGCUGGGGGCUCCAUGACCAUCCACACCUUCGGGGCUUAUUUCGGAUUGAUGGUUUCGCGGAUCUUGUAUCGGCCCCAGCUGGACAAGAGCAGACAGAGGGAAGGCUCCGUGUACCAUUCAGAUCUCUUUGCUAUGAUCGGAACAAUCUAUCUAUGGCUCUUCUGGCCAAGCUUCAACUCUGCCAUUACAGCUUGUGGCGAUGACCAGCAGCGGACAGUCAUGAACACCUACUUCUCCCUGGCCGCUAGCACGCUGGCCACCUUUGCCACGUCAGCCCUCAUCAAUGGGGAAGGCAAACUGGACAUGGUCCAUAUUCAGAACGCAGCCUUAGCCGGCGGGGUCGUGGUCGGGACGUCAGGCGAGAUGAUGCUGACUCCAUUCGGUGCCAUGAUCGCUGGGUUUCUGGCUGGGCUCGUUUCUACCCUGGGCUUCAAAUUCCUCACGCCCAUCCUGGACGCCAGACUAAAAAUACAGGACACGUGCGGGGUCCACAACCUCCAUGGGAUGCCGGGCGUCCUGGGUGCUCUCCUGGGAGCUCUGGUGGCAGCUCUGGCAACACAAGACGUCUACGGGGACGGGAUGGCCGACGUGUUCCCUUUAAUUGCCAACGGAAGCCGGACGGCAAAGUACCAGGGAGCCUACCAGUUCUUCGCGUUACUCAUCACGCUGGGGUUCGCGGUGGUCGGAGGGAGCCUCGUGGGAGCGACUUUGAAAAUCAGGGCGCUUGGGUCCCCUCCAGACACACAGUGCUUCGAGGAUCAGAUCUACUGGGAGGUCCCUGAGGAUAAUCAGGAUGGGUACAUGACAGCUGUGAACUCUGAGGACGCCGAAAGGAGUGCAAGCGUCUAAUGGGAUUUCCCUCUCUGGCUAAGCUCUGCAUCGGCACACCUCAGCCUGCUAACCACGUGGGCCCACCUGAUUCAAGCCAUCCAGUAUAGGGGGAGAUUUCCUGAGCAUCUGCCAACUGCAAGGGGUGUUAGUGUGGACUUAGCCUUUGUUGUGGACAGAGGAGUAGCAGCUUGUGAUGGGAGGAAGGAAGCCAGGCCAUGGUCUCCACCCCAUCCCACCUCCUCUUGCAAGGAUCCCCGGGUCAGGACUGUCCCUGCCCAUCUACCCCAUGCCUGGAAUACGAAGCGAAUGGAAGCCAGGAUCAACGUUCCCAUGGGGCUAACGCCCUCUUCACCCCCAUUCAGCCUCACUCGCUGUCCAGGCUCCUUUCCAGAGAAAAGGAAGCCGUGGGAGGCUAGACUGAGAGAUCUGGGUUCAGUUCCUGGCUUGGUCAGAAGCCCGGUGUGAGAUCAGGCCAGUCUUUUAAGCCUGGCGUACACACCAGCAUCACUGAGCUGAUGCAAACUGAGUGGAUUCUCUUAUUUUGGUUUAAACAGUGGCUGAUCUUAAACCUGCUCCUCGUUGAUUUCAGUUAAAUCAAAAUAAAGCGCUCCGACUGAAAGGGUCACCUCCA